AUGAAAAUCUUACAUUUGUUCCCUCUCUUUUCACUUGCGGCUCUAACCGUUUUCAUCAUCUCCUCCAACGCCGCAAGGCCAGCAGCCACCGUUCCUGAACCCGUAUCGCCACCACUACCAGCAGCAGCUCAAGAGUUCCUAGACUCUCACAACAAAGCAAGAGCCGAAGUCGGAGUUGAGCCACUCCAAUGGAACGAGAAGCUAGCGAAAGACACAAGCCUACUAGUCCGUUACCAAAGAAACAAAAUGGGAUGCGAUUUUGCGAACUUAACGACAAGCAAAUACGGCGGUAACCAGCUCUGGGCGGGUUCGGCGGUUGUAACUCCGAGCAAAGCGGUGGAAGAGUGGGUGAAGGAGAAAGAUUUCUACAUCCAUGCAAACAAUUCUUGCGUUGGGAAACAUGAGUGCGGUGUUUACACGCAGGUUGUGUGGAAGAAUUCAGCACAACUUGGGUGUUCACAGGCUAGUUGUAGUGUUAAGGAGAAAGCUAGUUUGACGAUUUGUUUCUAUGAUCCACCUGGUAAUGUCAUAGGGGAGACUCCAUUUUGA